AGCUUCUAAAUUCUAAUUAACUGGAAACAGCAUCAAGAGGUUUAAUAACUUAACUUGCAAUUAUGAUUUGGUCCCUAAAAAACAACUUUAUGUGAAAUGCAAGAAAUCAUGGGAAUGAACCUCGUUAUUUCUCAAUAAAUCUUGUUUCUAAAGAUACAUUCAUCCACCUAAACAAGGAAAAACGACAUGGCAGCCAUUGCUCUAACACCCUUUAAAAUGGUGCGGUGGGGAGUCAUACGUGACUGAAACAAGGCCGAGCAAUUACCAAAAGAAAAAAAAAAACAGAUAGAUCGAGAGAGAAAGAGAAAGAGAGAGAAGGAGAAAAAGAAAUAGAAAAGGAGAGAAAAUGGACUCCACGUUUGCGAUUCGAGUUUUAGUUCUUGUUGCAUUACUCUUUCCUGUUCUUGUCGACUGUGAUGUUCGACACUACCAGUUUGAUGUGGUAAUGAAGAAUACAACUAGAUUAUGUUCAAGCAAACCAAUUGUUACCGUCAAUGGUAAGUUCCCAGGACCAACUUUGUACGCCAGGGAAGACGAUACAGUGCUUGUGAACGUCAUCAACCAUGUCAAAUACAAUGUUUCCAUACACUGGCAUGGUAUCAGGCAACUUCGAACAGGUUGGGCGGAUGGGCCAGCAUAUAUUACACAGUGUCCAAUCCCAACAGGGCAAAGCUAUGUAUAUAACUUUACCAUCACAGGUCAAAGAGGCACACUGCUUUGGCAUGCGCAUAUUCUCUGGCUAAGGUCCACGGUCCAUGGCGCCAUUGUUAUCUUGCCUAAACACGGUGUGCCUUAUCCAUUUCCGAAACCCCAUAAGGAAGCAGUUGUUAUAUUAGCUGAGUGGUGGAAAUCCGACACUGAAGCUGUGAUCAAUGAAGCUAUCAAGUCCGGAUUGGCUCCAAACGUCUCAGACGCUCACACCAUAAAUGGUCAUCCAGGACAGGUCUCCAGUUGUCCUUCACAGGGAGGUUUCACAUUGCCAGUUGAAAAUGGCAAGACCUAUCUGCUACGCCUAAUCAAUGCUGCACUUAAUGAAGAGCUUUUCUUCAAGAUUGCUGGGCACAAGAUCACUGUUGUGGAAGUUGACGCCACAUAUGUUAAACCGUUCAAAACUGAUUCAGUUUUAAUUGCCCCAGGCCAAACCACCAAUGUCCUUGUCUCUGCUGAUCAAAAUUCUGGCAAGUACUUGGUUACAGCCUCCCCUUUUAUGGACGCUCCAAUUGCAGUGGAUAACCUGACUGCAACAGCGACCUUGCACUACUCAGGCACACUUGCCAACACCCCCACAACUCUCACUACUCCACCACCACAGAAUGCCACACCAGUUGCCAACAACUUUGUAAACUCUCUUCGUGCCCUCAAUUCCAAACAAUACCCAGCCUUAGUCCCACAAACUAUUCAUCACAAUCUCUUUUUCACAGUUGGACUGGGGAUUAAUCCCUGUCCUACUUGCAAAGCCGGUAACGGCAGCCGCGUGGUAGCUUCUAUUAAUAAUGUGACAUUCAUUAUGCCUACUACAGCCUUGCUUCAAGCACAUUUCUUCAACAUCAGUGGGGUUUUCACUACUGAUUUUCCUGGUAACCCGCCGCACGUGUUUAAUUACUCUGGAACUCCACCAACAAAUUUGCAGACAACAAAUGGGACAAAGGCUUUCAGGCUGGCUUAUAACUCUACAGUACAACUUGUUUUGCAAGAUACUGGGAUCAUAGCCCCAGAGAACCACCCAGUCCACUUACAUGGAUUUAAUUUCUUCGCCGUUGGUAGGGGAGUUGGAAACUAUAAUCCAAAGACAGAUCCUCAGAAAUUUAAUCUUGUCGAUCCUGUAGAGAGGAACACAAUUGGGGUACCAUCUGGUGGAUGGGUAGCUAUCAGAUUCCGUGCAGAUAACCCCGGAGUUUGGUUCAUGCACUGCCAUUUGGAAGUGCAUACAACAUGGGGGCUUAAGAUGGCAUUCUUGGUGGACAAUGGAAAAGGUCCUAAUCAGUCACUUCUUCCUCCUCCAAGCGAUCUUCCAAAAUGUUAAACAAGGCAACUGUCGAUCCGAACACCGAGAUUUCCAGAUCGAAAGAGAUCUGGAAUGAUGAAGAGAUUCCAACAUGGGGGCUUAAUAAGCAAAGCGAUAGUUGAGAUUGAAUUUGUUUCUUGAGUAAAUGAAAGAAUUUACUCAAGCGUGUUUGAAUAACAUUUGUAUAAGCUUUUUUUCUUGAAUAAAUCGCAAAUUUAUUCAAAUUCAAACAUCUAAAAAGGAACAAAAACAAGGUAGCCACUAGCGAGUGUCUAGAAAGAUCGUUUAAGCGUCAGGUUACUGAAAAUUGAAAUACAAAUGCACCUUUUGGUUUUCAAUUUUAUAGAAUCCUGCAACUAGAGAAUUUAGGAGUAAUGAUCUUCCGGAGCCCAUAUUUUCUCAUAGGCUAUUCAACUAUUCUGUUAUUAAUAUUUGUAUUGAAUUUGAUUUUUGCCCCAAGAAUAAUGAUUAUAAGUU